GUUCUGCAUCACACAUCACACAGUAUGAAGUGUCGUGAAUCAUAAAUGGUUGUAUAUCGCUGAAAAUCGGCUUCCUUCAGUGACGGAAAUGAGAAUGCUCCAUUUGACGUUUAUGUUGUUUUGAAGAACUUUAGUAUUUUUAAUAAUAAAUUGUGCAAAUUAUGUGAAAUAAUUUUAGUUAGCAAGUUUAGUUUUUUAUUUACAAGAUUCCUCUAGAGCUUGCAAAGAUGAUAUUUGCUCAAACAUCACUCUAAGUAACUUAGUAUUAUAAUGGAUCGAAGCAAUCAAAUCGUUCAGCAUGGUGUUCCAGUAUCUAGUCUUGACGCCGCUCACGCGAACGAAUAUUUCGAACAGUUCGUCAAUGCAUCCAGUUUGAAAAACAUCCUCGGAUAUUAUCGAGGUUUGAUCGACAGUCUUCACCUGAGGCCGAACGUCUUCAACUUGUUCUAUCCGAAACUCAGAGCCAAUUUGACGUCAUGGCGGGCCAAAGCUCUCCUGAAGAAGUUCGAUUCGAGGGCGUCGCACAAAUGCUACCAGAAGGGAAAGGCGGCAGCGAAUACGAGAGUUCUUGUGAUAGGAGGAGGUCCUUGCGGUAUGCGGACGGCUAUAGAGGCGCAGUUGUUAGGAGCUAAAGUGGUUGUUGUAGAGAAGAGGGAUAGAUUUUCUAGGAAUAACGUUUUACAUUUAUGGCCUUUUGUGAUAGAAGAUUUGAGGAUGCUGGGCGCAAAGAAGUUUUUUGGUAAAUUUUGCGCCGGUGCCAUCGAUCACAUCAGUAUCAGGCAGUUGCAAUGUAUCUUACUGAAGGUAGCUCUUCUUCUUGGAGUUGAAGUUCAUACAGAAGUCAGUUUUGAAACUCUGGUAGAGCCUGAUGCUAAUGAAAAAAUUGGUUGGAGAGCACAGUUUAAACCCGCCAAUCAUCCGGUCUCGCAGUACGAGUUCGACGUCAUAAUAGGCGCCGACGGUAAACGCAAUACUCUACAGGGAUUUAGCCGCAAGGAAUUUAGGGGGAAGCUUGCAAUAGCUAUCACGGCCAACUUUAUCAAUAAGAAAACCGAAGCCGAAGCGCGCGUAGAAGAAAUUAGCGGUGUAGCUUUUAUAUUUAACCAGAAGUUUUUCAAGGAUUUGCAAGAAGCCACUAGAAUUGACUUAGAGAACAUAGUUUAUUAUAAAGAUGAUACUCAUUAUUUCGUUAUGACAGCGAAGAAGCAUAGUUUAAUCGAGAAAGGAGUCAUAAAACAAGAUUUUGCCGAUACCGAAAAGUUAUUAGCUCCCGAAAACGUAGACAAAGAAGCUCUACAGCAAUACGCAAUAGAAGCUGCCACUUUUAGUACUAAUUAUCAGAUGCCCAAUUUAGAAUUUGCAGUCAAUCACUACGGUCAACCGGACAUCGCUAUGUUCGAUUUUACUUCCAUGUAUGCCGCCGAAAACGCUUCAAAAGUGGUGGAGAGGAACGGUUAUCGUUUACUAAAAAUAUUAGUUGGAGAUAGUUUACUUGAGCCGUUUUGGCCCACCGGUUCAGGUUGCGCCAGAGGAUUUUUAUCUUCUUUGGAUGCUGCCUGGGCCAUUCGAAGUUGGUCCUUGGGAGUAGCGUCAUCUCUAGAAGUAUUGGCCGAACGUGAAUCGAUAUACAGAUUGCUAGCGCAGACCACUCCGGACAAUUUGAACAAAGACUGGAAAUCGUACACCCUAGAUCCAGCCACUAGAUACCCUAAUUUCAACAAGACCGUUGUCUUGUCACACCAUGUGCUCGCUCUCUUUGACACCGACAAUCCUGCUAGCAUCGAGAGAAUGAAACGUACCUCUAACGAAAAGGUUCACGAUAUACCAAAGAAGAGAAGAAGAGGUAAUCUGGAUAACGAAGUGUUGCUCAACUGGUUAACAGAACAAUUGAAAGAAGUGGAAGGUAUCGAAAUCACCGAAAUGGGUUCGGUAUUCAAAGACGGGAAAGUUUUAUGUGCAAUAAUACAUCACUACAGACCAGAUCUGUUAGAAUAUAGUGCAAUUAUUAAUAACGAUGCGGCGAAAAACAAUCAGAUUGCGAUUAAUAUCCUUGAAAAGGAUUUAGGUAUACCUCCUGUGAUGACCGGAAGCGAAUUGACAAUGACCGAAGAUUUCUUAUCGAUGGCUAGUUAUUUGACAGAAAUCUACGACUGUUUCAGAGGGGAAAUCCCCCAUGUGAAGCAUCCAAAAUUGGACUUGCCUAUAAGACCUAUCAAGUCAAUGCCUCCAAUUAUCAAAAACUGUGUAUAUAUACCUCAGAACGAUAGGCAGGUAAAAGACCAAUACAAAACUUGCAAGAAGUGCUUCAAUGCUUAUUAUUUAAGAAAUCGAUCAAGCGAUUGCUAUUACAAAAAUAAGUUGAGGAAAUUAGUACAAACCAAUUUACCAGUAAUAUGUGUUGUAGAUAGUAAAAAUAAAUUUCAAAGACCAGAGCCUCAGAAUAAUCUUAAACCCAAAAAAGAGUUGUAUUAUAAAAGCAAUACUGUGGAUCUGAAAAAUUCUGAAUUUUUAAUACCAACUAGGCAUAAAGUUUUAAAAAAUAAGAAAAACAAAGCAAAGCAAGUCAAACUUCGUGUUACUGAUAAAAAUAACAACUUAAUAACUAACAAUUUAGUGUUAGAAAAGAAAAUAAUAGAUAGAAAAAGGGGUAUGUCAGAAGAUGAUUGUUUAAAGCCAGAGAUUCCCAUAUCACCAAGAUUAGAUAAGCAGUUGAAGUGCAUAGAGAAAAUGUAUCAGAAACAUGAACGAUUGAAAAGAGUCCUAACACAGCUGAUACGGAAGCGUCGAUCUGAUGGAACCAGUAAUAAUCAUCAUGUUUUACAAACUGACUAUAAAGUCGCUCAGGCUGAUGCUGUAGGAGAAAAUGUAUGUUCCAAAGUUGAUCAACUUACUCACGUAUCAGAACUUCAUGUUAAUAUCAAUAUCGAUUCACAAACUCCAACAAGUCAAAUAGACUUGUCAGAUAAACUUGUAAAAACAAACCCCGAAAUUCUUCCUUCAGUCGAACAAAAUAAAACAGGGAAUAUUUCUAGUAGAAAGGAUGAUGUUAAUACCAUUUUUAAUAACUCUCAUUAUCAAGAAAGUUCUGUGUACUUUUCGGUUAAAAAACCAAUAUCUGAAACUCAUUUAAAAAUCAGGAUUUUGGAAAAGAAUAGAAACAAGGAACUAACUCUUCAGACCAUCGAGUACAUCUCCUCGACAAAUGAAUUGAAAAUUUCUUCCAAAAUUGGAUUAAAUCAUCUUUCGAAUGAAACAUUUUCAAGUCCCCUUCUGGCCCAAUUUUCGGAUCAAAAUUUAUUAUUUGAGACGCUCGGUAGGGCGACUUCGAAAACGUCGAGAAAAAACAACAGCCAUGAUUUUGACAAUGGCGUGUCAAACCAAAACUGUCAGUUGAAAUUAAAUGGUCGAAAAAAGAUUCGUGCGAAGACAAUGAUAGAGGGGGAUGGGAUACACAAUCAAAUUUUCAGUAGAGUAUCGAAUUGGAUAAGUUCUAACGACUUUUUUCAUCAAGAAAAUAAGGCAGACACAGACGCAGAAACUAUUAUUACGAAUAGCAGACUUACCGAUAUAACUUCAGUAUCAAAAAUGGACGAGUACGAUGGUAUUGUCGUCGAAGAAAGAACCGAUGUUAUUAAUUUCUCCAAUUCGAAGUCUGAAAAAUCUUCGGAGGAAAAAUUUGUCGAAAAAAUGAAAGCCUUUAAUAGUAGAGCAAUAAAAAAUUUGUCGAAAUUUUCACAAUAUUCCCCGUUUCAACUUGCUGGUGCUCUGAAAUCACAUUCUGCCCCACCGACACAAUUUUCAGUUAUCGUGGAAGGAGAGGAACUCCCAGAUUUACCUGUCGCAAAUACAAAGAUGAGCGAAGUUUCCUUCAAAACAAUUAAAACGUCUAAUAUAGCACACCCAAUUACGCAACCACACAGACCCUCGAGUAGACAUAAACACAAACACACAGAUAUGGUCACUCAGAAAGUGGGCAGCGUUGACAGGAAACCGAGAAAGAGAAGAACGAUGGAGAAAGUCGGAGCGAGUGUGGAAGAACGACAGAAGAUGCUCGAAGAAAUCGCCUCCAAUCGGGCAGAACGACACAACAAAAGAAAAUAUCAGCGAAAAUUGCAAACCGAACAGUUUAUUAAGAGUAUGCAAAUGCUCCAAGCGAACGCCAAAGCAGAUGCGCAACCGUUUGAAGAUUAUGCGAUCUUUUUGUAUCGUCAAACAGCGCCUAAGUUUGAAGAUAGGGUUAAACAGAUAGAGAAACAGUUUACUUAUGUUCCUGAUCAAGAGAACCGCCCUAGUCAAUUCAAUCGAGGAAUGGGAAAAGACGAAGACAUAGCAGCUAAAAUAAAGAGUUUGGAGAGUAAGUUCGGACACAGACAAUCAGUAGACAAAAAGCCCAAAGACUUACUUAGAGCCAUAGGCAAAAUCGAAACCUCGGAUUGGAAUAUUAAAGAAAUAGAAAAGAAGAUCCUGGAGAAUAAGAUGGGAAAACCGUCGAGGGCUAUCGAUAAGGAAAAAGUUCCAAAGUGGAGUAAAGAACAGUUUUUGGCUAGACAGAACAAGAUGGAACAAAAACAUUUGGAGAGGCAAACAAGUGAGGAGGUUAAAUUUGCUGAAUUCGAUCAAAGCAUUAAAAACUUGGAUCAAAAAUUGAAAGAAGGUACAGCAAGAGAAUUAGGUCAAAACAAAGUGGCAUCUAUCACGGAAAAAUUAGUGGGUAAAAUCCCUACUGAACAGAAACCUCCAGAAAAAACGAAUCGUCAGCCAGCUUUACCAACGCCCAAUAAUUCCGAAUUUUGUCACUUCUGCAAGAAGCGUGUCUAUCUUAUGGAACGACUGUCUGCAGAAGGAAGGUUCUUCCAUCAUGGGUGCUUUAAAUGUCAGUAUUGCAAUGUUCAGUUACGGCUUGGGUCGUAUACAUUCGAUCGAGAUGGUUUAUACGGAUACAGAUUCUUCUGCUUACAACACUUCGGAAUGGUAAGAGAAGAAUCGCCAGCCAAAGUAACGCGAGCACCUUCGACUAAACGUGUUGACAGAUCCAGUCCAGAGAAGAAAUCUUUAGGCAUCGCUGGAGUUGACUUGCUCGAUAAAGUGCAAACACCAGAACGAAUUGAAUUUUCUAACUUGUCUUCUGGCCAUGUUUCAUCAGAUCAAGAAGACUCUCUUAAUCAAAUUGACGAAGACGAAUGGACUGAUAAAAACUUUGGUGCUUCUUGUGCGGAAAUGGAAGAUAGUGAUGAAGCUUCCUCUAGUUUCAGUGACCCUGACAGUGAUGAUGAAGGUGCCUACGAUGAUGCUUUAGAAGAACCUGUUACAAAAGAAGGUACUUUGAAAUGGGCUGAGCGAUGGAAGAAUAGUUAUUCGAGAAAAAAACGAAAUUCGCAUUCGGAUGAAUACAGCAGUAGUGAUCAAUCGAGUUAUUAUGACAGUUCAGACGUCGUCAAGAAACUGAUGUCACUCACACGCUUUAUGAGGUUAAGAUUUCUGAGGUGUGAAGAAUCAGACACCGCCACGGAGGGAGAAGAAGAUAUCAGAGCCCGUGAACUUCGGAAACGAGAAGUUUGCGUCGAACCGCCCAUCGUCCAUACAGACACCGGCACCGAUACCGAGAUUGUAACAGACGAGAGUAGCUCCGAAUCGUCGAGCGAGAUUCAAAAUUCUGCAACGGAAAUUUCCACAGACUCUGAAUUCGCCCAAGAUGAUCCCACGCCUACUAGAGAAAUUCCGUCGAUAGUUUUGAACGACAUGUACGUUAAUAAAGCUAAAAGAUCUGGCUACAACCCCCGCAGGAAAAUCCAGGUGACGAGUCGUUAUCUACAAAGCCCUCUAGAUGGCAAAACCAGCAAACCAAAUAUCGAUUUGAAAUUAACACCUCUAGUCCCUUCUGCACUUCCGGUCAAAAAACCAGCACCCCUUGUAUUAACGCACCCUCAGGGUUACAGUUUGAAUCGCACACAAAGCACUGGGGGUAUAGCUGCAAAAGUUUCACUUGAACUUAAAAAGAAGUAUCUUUUAGGUGAAGCUAGUCCCGGUAAUAUCCAGAAAUCUGGCAGCGUGUCCACGCUAGACACGAAGUUUAAAAGUUUUCAUACUAAUAUUUCAGAUUGCCAGAAGUUGCUGAAGCCGUCUCCAGAAAUUAGUGCGAGUAUGCAGACCUUCUGCAAAAAACUCAACGAAUUGAAGUCUCCAGUUUUGUCGCCACAACCGUCUAUCAUAUUCACUAAAGAAGUGGAACAGAAAGAAGAUGACCACAAGGAAAACGGUGAUGUUUUAGACGAAAAUGAUAUCAAAAUAGAACCCGCUGUUUUUGAAAAUGAAUCAGAAGGUCGUCCAAGGAGUCCCUUACACGAAACAUCUAUCAUUGUUCCUCAAAUAGAUUGGAGUAAACAACACGACAGCUUAACUUCGGAUAGCUUAGCUUCUUCGGACAAUGAAAACGAACAAAAGUCAGAACGUUUUGAAAAUAUACCAAAAGUAGAGAUCCAUGCGAUAAACGAUGACGAGGAAAUCAAAGAUGAGUUUGUUCCAGACUCCCUUCUCUGUGUCAAUGAUGAGAUAAAAACUGAUAUCGAAAGUCCGUCCAUUGAGCCCUUGAAGUCUAUCUCCAGUGAGAAGAAAAUUCUUAAUCAACCGAAAGUUUUGCCCAAUUUAGAGAGCGUCUUUCCUGAAAUCCAUAACGCCUUGCACAUUAAACAUAAAAUACAUAAAGAGAGAGAAAGGGAGGUUCCAGAAACGAUUGUCAUUUCCAGUGGUCUCAGUUCGCCUGAAUCCUUGGCUGAACAAGCCACAACAGCUUUGACCGAAACAGAGUUGUCAGAUUGGGCCCGCGAUGAAGCAAUGUUGGACGAUUUUGAAGAUGGAGAAUUCGAAAUUCACAUCAAGUAUCCGGACAAAGACCAGAAACCUGCCAAGAUGGCAGAUUUACUGGAAUUCGACGACUCAACUUCUAGCUACUUAGCCAAAUCUAGGAAAGAUAAUGUGAUAGAAACUGUAAAUAGUGUUUUAAAUGUUAAUUUAGAUAAUAUAGAGUUUAUGGAUACGGGAACUGAAACUAGCAGUGACGAUGGAGUUAUCAAUAGCCAAGAUGGGUACAUUUUACUUAAAGAUGAGGACGAUUUUGCAGAGGAUAGCUUGAAUCCAAAUAUUAAUGAUAUUGUGGAGACCACGAAUAUUAAUGUAUUGCAGUAUCCUAAAGAGGAAACUAUAAAAAAAGAAACAGACUUAAAACAGGCGGAUUUAGAACCAUCGAAGCACGUUCAAGACCACGAAGAAGAUGUGAGUACGUUAAUAAUAGAAUCUGGAACAACAACAGAGGAAAAUACAUUAACCGAUUCAACUGUGAAACAUGUUAGUGAUAUUACCGUAGAUAAGACAUUAGUUAACGAAAUAAAUACUGUAGAUAAAAACGAAAACUGUGAUUUGAAAAAUGAUGUAGUAGAGGAAUCAAAACAAAAGAAAAUGAUAGAUAAUAAUCUAGAAUUUCAAGAACAUUGUCAAAGAUUACAAAACAAAAUAGAAUUUUCCAAUGUUAAAGACUCUAUAGACAUACGAAAAUCGAGAAAAAAGAGCAAGCAAGAUGUUUUGCAGAAGCCGGAUCUCAUUACAGAAGAAACUGCAAAUAUAGUCACUCCACCUAAAAAUAUUUCCUUAAAUCUAACGCCUCACACUCCCCACACGCCUGAUAUAUUAUACAACAAAGACGUCAUCAAAAAAGAGAGAGAUAUCAAUCAGAAACUAAUACAGGAAAUGGUUAUGAACAAGAUGAAAGCAGAGAACAAAUCUUUAGAGAAGAGGAAACGAAAUAAAGCUGGUAUGUCGCCAAAAUCUCCAUUUGAAUUGACUAAAUCUGCUACAGUGAUUAACGUUCCGCUAUCUCACCCAAGCAAUGUUGCUCAAACCACAAAUAAACGGCAUUCCGGUACUUACACCACUCCAGACGUCCUUUUAUCUUCUAAAUGUCCAUUACAAACUUCAGAAGAUGUAAAUGUUAAAUUUAUACGUUCAGAAACAACCACAACACCUGUUAGAACCACUCCAUCGUACUCCAACAAUCACGUAAGUCCAAAUUUGGACGAUACUCCAAAAGCACCUCCACGGUACCACAGGUCUGCCGAGGAAAUGAACAGGAAAUUAGAAAAACUUAAACAAACCGUACGGUUAAGACACAAAGAGAAUGAACAAUUGGUUCAUAUUAAAGAAAAGACUGAUUCUGCUAGUCAAAAAAGAGAUCAAACCUUUAGAAGAUGUGUUAGUGGAAAUUACGAGGCUGCAUGUCCUACUUUUAGUAGUUUAGAACAGAGCUCUUUAUCCUCAAAUCGAGCCAAAUCGAUACCCAACUUCUCUCAACAAAUAACAACAGUCCAGACCAUCAGUUUGGAUCCGGAGAGAAUCAAGGUGUACAAAUCCGAUCCAAAUAUAUUAGAAACUAACGAGGGCCAAAACAAGAAGAAGAGUAAAGACCGAGAGAGGAGAAAAAGUAUUACGAAGCUUAUUACGGAUUUCUUCACGAAAAAAAGUCCAUCCUCCAGCGGUUCCAAAGGAUUGUUCUCUAAAUUAUCGCCGAAAUCUAAGGAGAUGUCAAAGUCAUGUUCGAUUCUGGACUUUAAAAAAGCGCAUUUGGCUCGUGAAGCAGCUCAAAGGAAGUGUCUAUCAGAAAGUUUCAUCAACAGAAACGCAUCACCACCACCAGUGCCACCUUUGCCAGUGAAUUAUACAAGAAAGACAGAUGAAAGUUCUGAUGGCGAAGAAAAGCAUGGAAAACACGACAGUUCGUGUGACACCUUAGACCUCACAGGUAUCUCCACUGGAAGCAUGGCUGGACGACGAUCAACUAAAUCUCGAAGAGUUAGUCGACAAGCCCAGCUCAAAAGACAUCGUAUGGCUCAAGAACUACAACGAAAGUUAGAAGAGACUGAAGUGAAGAUGAAGGAGCUGGAAGAUAGAGGAGUAUUAGUAGAAAAAUCGUUACGAGGAGAAGCCAGUUUUGAUCCCUCUAAGGAUGAAGCGGACUUAUUACAAGAAUGGUUUGAUUUGAUGAGGGAUCGCACGGAACUACGGCGAUUCGAAAGGGAACUCACUGUGAGGGCACAAGAGCUAGAACUAGAAGAUCGGCACGCGAGGCUGCAACAUGAACUUAGGGAAAGAAUAGAAAAUGAUAAACCAAAAACUAAAGAGGACGUUGAGACAGAAGAAAGUAUCAUUAACGAAAUGAUAGAAAUAGUUGAAAAACGAGAUUCUCUUAUAUCAGAGAUCGAAGAAGACAGAUUAAGGUUCUCUUCAGAUAAUAUUAACCAGUCAGACAUAGUAGAUAUAGAUGCAAAGAAACUUAUUACUUCAGCAUGCUUUAUUUUAGUUCUAUCUUAUUUAUUUUGGGUCGUUAUUUUAUUUUCAGUAGACUUUUAGUAUUUACCAAUUUACUUUCUAACAAGAGAUAUUCAAAUGAAGACAAAGACCUAGAAGAACAGAUGCUUGCUAAGGGAUUAAAACUAACUCCAAUAAAAACUUCGCCGGAGCAUUGAAGAUUUUAAUAAAAGAUAUAAUUUUAUUUGUAACUUUUAACAUUCUAAACUGUUUUAUUUAUUUUUAUAUAUUGUAGGUAAGCAUAAAGUAAAAAAGGGUGAUAUUUUUGUAUGCGUAUAGUGUUUCAUAGAGUGUCUACCAGCAGAAGCGGAAAUGGAAUUUAUAAAUGUUAUUCAUAUUUUUAAUAAGCACGUAACUUUAGUAAGAGAUGACAAAUUUUUUGUACAAGAAUCUGGUGAUAAAUUAAUUUAAUUAUUUUUAUUGAUUGUUGAAGAUGUGAAUUCGGCCUUGUGCAGAAUAUUUCCCUAUUCCUCGUUUAAUUAGUUUAAAUAUUUUACUGUCACUUAGUAUGUAAAGGGGAAAACAAAAGGAACGAUAAAGAGAAAUCUAAAUGACAGAAGUACUAUAGAUCUCUUCGGCCAGAAAGCUUUUUGGUAACAACUCUUAAUUUGAGCCUUCUACAAUUUGUGAGGCAUGCAGACCGAUAAAUAAUAGACAUGAAAGAAUCUACGAUAUGCAUUCUACACGUGUCUACUUAUCAAGAUAAAAGUUCAACAAAAUGUUUGCUUCCUAGUACUCAAAAUGUUCCGUAACACAUACCCUGUCAGAUAUAUUUUCGUAUAUGCCUCUACGGGUCAUAUAUGCUGCAGUUUUUUGUAUAAAAAGCCUUGCCAUUUGGUUAUUUCGUCAAAAUUAAUGUAUAUUUAAGAAGUCAUUCUUACAUACAUACCUUUUAGACCACGUUGGUCUUUUAGUGUGAGAUUUGCACAUUAAUAUGCGCCAGCAGCAUAACAAACAUUUAAAAAGGUGUUGGUCCCAUGGGACCAACGUGGCAGGGAACGUGUUAAAGCAGAAAGGGUGUGAAAGUUCAUUGGAGCACGCAUUUUUUGUGGACACUGCCAGUUUUGAAAUCUAUGGUAAUCUAUAUAUUUUCUUGGACAUAAUUAUAAAACAAUCAUUCUGCCACUCGUAAUAUAAUAUGUGUAAAACACACACGGAGCAAGUGUUUCUACCUCAAAGAGUUUUUUUGCUUACUAUAAUUAAAAAUUACUUCCUAAUUAUUCACUAAUGUUGGCGGAGAAACAAAACAUUAUACAACAGUACACUACGCCCAGAAUAGCAAUAGACAUCAGCUGCACGCAAACUAGAAGAUGGAUGCAGAAUUCAUUUGGGGCUUAAAUUACAGGGUUGCCAUGGUUUUUUCGAUCUGAGUACUGUAAUUCCCAUCGUCUGCCGUCAGUGUCACCUGAGAAUAUAACUUUGAUAUCAGAAUCUUCACCUAAAUUAAUACAGUCGAACCCGCUUAUUGGAAUAUCCUUCGUGCCAAGCAAAAAUAUUCCUAUAACCGGGAUAUUCUAAUAACCGAUCAUUGAUGGCUGGUAGAAAUAAGUAUACCUACUGAAUAGACCUACAUAAUAAUAGUACAUACUAUGUAUGUACCUACAUUUACAUUAUAUUUAUAUGGUUUUAGGUCCUUUUAUGUCAAUGAUACAGCAGUGUAACUUAUUUUAUUAAAAACCAAAUUACAUUUUCUGUGCAUAAAUCCAUUAAUAAACAAGAAAUGUGUGCAAUAUGUAGACAUGUAUAUAUGCAUACGCCAAAAUUACUUCUCAUUUUUUUUUGAAAAAUCUAAGUUAUACAAAUUAGAAAAAAUUACAUUGAAUUGGCCCUCCAGAAAUCUUCUUAUAAUAUUACAAACGGUUAGGACUUGCCAUAUUCGAUGGAAUAUCCACAAAAUCGAAAAAAACUUCAUCUUUUGCGUCAUGUUUCGCUUUAAUAUUGAGUUGGGUGGUUUCAUUGUUUUGUUCUAAAUAUCUUUUGCGUCAUCUUUCGCUUUAAUAUUGAGUUGGGUGGUUUCAUUGUUUUGUUCUAAAUCUUCAGUAUCUUCGAAAUCCGAUAAAUUAUCGCCAAAAGAAACAACUCUUAAAAAUAUUCGUCCUUUAUUUUGUCGAAUUCUGUGUUUUGAUGAAUUGGCAGGCAAAAAACGGAUUGUUAAAAUAUUCAAACUCAUGUCGGGUUUAUGGACAGGGCGGUUAUCAAUAACUAAGAAAACAUUUCUAUUCUUGUGUGCCAUUGUGUUGUCGAAGUCAAUAAAUCAUUAACCAAUAAAAUUUAUAACUGCAACGAGGUGGGUCGCAAUAGAAAUUUUUACAAGUUUCGUGAGACAAGUAAAAGUAGGUAUUUUAUGGCCUGUUGUAUUUCGUAAAAGGGUCCAACUGGUGCGUAAUAAAGUAUUUAUUAUCUGAAAAAUAAAUAUAAUAAACCAGACAUAAUUUUAAUUUUUUUGGAAAAUGUGAAUAAAAAGUUGUUCCUCCACUUGAAUAAUAUUCGAUUAAGCGGUAUUAAUUCAUUAAGACGUAUUCCUAUAAGCGGAUAAAUUUAUUAAUUUAUUAAGGAGUAAAUGGAAACGUUUUGGGAUUCAAAUUUCUAUUCCUUAAACCGGGAUAUUCCUAUAACCGGUACUCUAAUAAGCGGGUUCGACUGUAAUAUAAGAUUCUAUGGCAGCAUCAAAUAAUGGCUCCUUUGAAAUGAAAUCACCCUCAAUAAUUUUUAGUUUGUCUACAAUAUAAUUGGUUUCGACUCUUCUACGGAAAACAUUUCAAAGAACUAAUCUGACAUUUUUUUAACAGAAACAAAAGUGAAGUCUACAUUUUGUAUUCCAACAUUAGUGUAUUAGCAAUGCCUAAACAAGCUCUAUCGGGUUUAAAUCUGGAUGAUAUGGUGGGAGCCUUAAUACGUCAUUCUGUUAUUUCUAAUAAUGGAAUCAACAGCCAAUUAUACAGACCAUAUCUCUGGUCUAAGCAUGUAGGCAGAAAAAAUAAUAUUUCUAACUUUUAGCCAAUAUUUUCACUCUUUGGAGUUGCAAAUGUUGGUGCUGUAUCCUCUUAAGCUUUAUGAUAAGGUGCAUUGUCCAUUACGAUGAUACUGUUGGGAGGUAGACUACUUAACAAUUUUUCUUCUAACCACUUCUUGUAGUUGACAAAAUUCAUGUCAACAAAUCUUUUAUAAAUUUUAUUUACAGUGGAUACUUGUUUUUCAGUUAUAUGAAAACUAAUAAUCUGCCGUUCUUAACAGACCUUCUUCAAUUUGUUUGUAUUAUAUUUUUGAAGAUUUUUCCGCCUCUUAGGAGUGAAAAAACCGGAUAUAUUUACUGCUGUAAUUUCGAGACUCCCCUUUGCAAUAUUUUUGAUUCUAUACACAGAAACUCCCGAAGAAGCAACCCAAAACUCUCAAAUUAUUUUUCACUUAUACUGUUGGGUCAUUUUUAGAUUGAAUGAACGAUUAUCAUAUUCAAAAUCAUUAUUAGUAAAAAUUAUUAAAAAUUGAGAUUUUACACAAAACUUGUCAACGUCGCGAAUCGCUUUUAAAGUGAAGUUAUCCACAUAAACAGCUAAGCGAUUCUCGAUCAACUGAGCGUUCUGUGCCGUAAUUUGAAAUCUGCUAGCACACACAGUAGUUUAGGUCUAUUCCUAUUCUGGCUCACCUUAUAAAAAUAUAGUUUCUGCAAUCGAAGAGUCUGAUGAUCAAUGGGAAAUGCAAGAUAUUGGUAAAAUAACGUUUUUUUACCGAUAUAAAACCCAAAUACAUCACACUUUCAAAAAUCGUUCAACAAAAACGCGUUCACUUAAAAAUUCAUACUUGUUCAUUGUAAAAGUUGACCUCUUUACAUCGCUGAUUUUCAAAUACGUAAUUAUUAUAAGAAUGUGUUCAAACUAAAUAAGACAAAUGCUGACUUUUGUCGCUUUUUUUAUAUAUUAUUGUAUAUUUUGAUACUUAUAAUUUAUGGCGUUAUAAUUAAAUAUAUAAACAACUCGUACUGGCCUAAUUCAUAGUCUUCAUCGACAUACCUAAAGAAGAAAAACUGAAUUGUGACGUAAUUGUACAAUCCAUGUUAAAACAUGUAAAAUAUGUAUGUAUUUAAUGCAAUUAUUUCUUUCUCUUUGUAUUUAUAUUUAUUGCUCAUGUCGAUAUUAACAUUGUAUAAGAAAUUAGUCAUUAGUCACUGAUUUGCUUCUGUCAUUUUAUAUUUAGAAGCAAUUUUUGUGUUUGAAUCAAUUCUACGGGAAGGAAAAUCUGGCUUAGUGGUUUUGGUUUGGGCGUCGUUUCAGGUCAUACCCUUUGUAUAAUACUUUUCUUCUUCAUGUGCUAUCUCCUCUAAGAAAGUAUCCAUCUUGGCAAUUCGCACUUUCACUUACACCAAGCUCUCAAAUUGUUUAACCAGGAGCUCCAUCUUCUUCCACGACUCCUUCUUCCCUGUAUUAUUAAUUGCAACAAUUUAUAACGCUCGCCCCUCAUAACAUGUCCCAGAUAUUGCAGUUUUCUAAAUUGAAUUAUAUUCAAAACCUCUUUAUUCUUCUCAACACCUCGACCUUCGUGACUACCCUCCCAACUUAAUCUUAAUAUCCUUCUAUAGGCCCAUAACCCGAAGGCUUCUAAUCUGUCCAAAACAUCUUUAAUGUCCAAGCUUCCAACCCAUAAAAUAAUGUGGAGAACACGUAGUGUCUCAGAAGUCUUAUCUUCAAAGAAAUUGUAAUGUCCCUGCUACAGAAUACUUUUUUCAGUUUGUUGAAAGCAUUUCUUGCCUGUACUGUUCUUGCUUUAAUCUCUUCUAUGUACUCAUUAUUUUCAAAAAUUAUUGUACCCACAUAUUUAUACUGUAAUACAUCGAGCGUUCUUAUUUAUAUACGACUUUAUUAAUUAUUUAUUUAUACAAGUUUUCUUUUACAAACUCUAGCUUAAACUAAACUCUCCUAAUACCGCAAUUUGUUUAAAUACAAAAUAACGUUAUUCUCGAUAAUUCCAGACUUCGCCACCUCUAGCUAUUGAGUGACCUUCCACAUACCGCACGUCUUUCUCUAUAAAUUCCACGUAUAUCGUGCUUUCGCCAGAAUGUUCUCGAGACGGAACCGUUUGGAACUGCUACUUACGGUCGGUGAUUCAUUCUUUUGUUACAAUACUUUUCAACUUUUUUAAUUUGUUCUCCAUAUAUUGUUUUGCUUUCUUGGUGCUGCCGGGCUUUUGUAAUUACCAUAGAUUGUGUCUUUUGUGGUUAGAGACAGUUUUCCUCACUGAUUUCAAUGUUCAGUGCUAAGAAAAUCUUAAUUUUCAAUUCUAGCGCAGGGCAAUACUACUUAUACUAGAUUUCUUCUGAAAACUGUCUGAUUUUAAUCAACUGCCAAUAUUGUCACCUUUUAUAUCGAACAGUCUUUCUUACUUUAUCAACCACAUCCAGAAUUGAACAGACUUUCUUUCCGUCCAACAACUUUAACUGAUAUCAGUACUGCUCUUAUUAAAACUUGAUCAAUAACGAAAUGGCUUUCUAAAACCAAAUUAAUGUGAUAAAAUCUUUCUAUUUGCUUUAUACUCUUAAAAUUCUAAAAUUUUGAGUGUUUUAGAAUUGCUUCAGCGGACUCGAUAGCCGAGCAAGCUGGCAUACACACUUCUAAGUGAGUAGUUUACUAAGGGCAUCAUUAGAGUCACACAUUAACCAGAAAACAUGUUUAAAUAAAUCUGCAGGUUUCAAUUGGAAUUCGCAAAUAAAUCAGUAAGCCUAUGUGUGUAGUAAUACAUUCCUGCAUCUAAAUCGCACACAGGAAAACAACAUUUUUGGACAAAAAUUAUUCUUUAUUCACAAAAUAAUAUCAUUCAAGCGCCACUACAAUCAUUCGUCCUCAUCGGAGCGAUAUAUCUUACAAGGAGCAUUUUUUUAGAUCGAAAAAAAGGUGGAAAUCGCUUGAGGCCAGAUCUGGACUAUACGGUGGAUGGAAGUAACUCAAAGCCCAAUUCGUGCAUUUUUGCGAUCGUUUUCAUCGGCUUGUGACACGGUGCAUUGUCUUGGUGAAUAGACAAUUUUUUCUUGGACAAAUGAAGCCUUCUCUUUGCGAUUUCAGUCUUCAAACGUUCCAAUAAAAAUAAACUUAAGUAGUAGUAGCUAUUGAUUGUUCCUCCAUGUUUCAAAUAGUCAAUGACAAUAAUUCCUUGCAGGUCCCAAAAUACAGAGGUCAUAACCUUUCCGGCGGUUGUUUGUUGCGGCUUGGUCGCUUUGGGGUGUUUUCUUCAGGUGCUGUAUGAUAUUUCGUUGCCUGAAGAAGGUUUCGUAUUUCGUAGACUUUUUCUGAUAGAUCUCCAGGUGAAAAUUACUAGGUUACUGAUUUUCUUCCCAUUAUUAUCACAUUUAAAAAGUCAUGUAACAAAUUAAUUUAACAGUAUUAGUACUAUUUUAGUCCUAGACGCAGAGACAACUGUAAAUGUUUAUAACAUAAUUGUGAUAAAUCAAUUGAUUUCUAAAAAUAAAACCCACAAAUUUGUAAGUAAUUACUACUUAUCAAUUCUUUAUGAAAUGUUCUGUAUCGUUCACGUUUUUGAAGUGAAUUUUAAAAAUUAAUCUUGCUGUAUAAUUAUGUGCAAUUAAUUUAUCUUUUUAAAAGGGGUACUGACCUGAGGGACCGCAGACAUUCGGAUACAAUUGGUGUCUUUUUGUAAAGACAAUGAAGUCGACUUUACUAAGUAACAAGACAUUUACUCAACACACACACUACACUAUCAUCUGAUUGCGAAAUCAACUGUACCACGCCAAUGCUCUUAGUUAUCGAGGCAUUUAAGAUAAAUAAAAAAGGGGUAAAGUUUAUUGGAGUUUUGGGUAAAGUAAGAACAUAUGUUAAUUUUGAAAAAGUAUGUAAAUAAAAUAAAUGUAUCGAUAUGGAUACUUUUCUUUCUUCACGACCAUGUUCUUGUAUUUUUUGCAAGUACUGUUUCCGUCACAUCUACUUUCUUCUCUUCCUAUAAACACGCUUGUUCUAUUCUCUGAUUUAUCUUAGAUUUGAGUGAAAAAGUAUAGAAUUUCAUCCUAAUAACAUAUUUGGUUUGGUCUUCAAGCAGAAUGCGUAUCACUAUAUUUUUUCACUCUUUAUCUCUCACCUUCCAUAUUACCCACAGCACAACACGUAUUCACCCCUUUGAUUUGCUUCAAUUUUUUAUUAAAUAUUUCCUACUCCAUUGUUAGACUCAAUGAUACUGAAUAUCACCAUCGUUUCUGAAAACUUAGUCGCUGCAAUUUUGAAUAUAUGGUAUACAUUUUCCAGCCUCUCACCUUAUAGACGGAGAGGCAGCACUGAAAAAUUUUUCCUAGUUAUUUCACAGUUGAUUACUGUGAUUGUGUAGAGAAACAUACUGCGGUCGGUCAAGCGAAACGUAGAACAGGGGUUACUGAGAGGGUAUCAAAGUUGCUUCCCUACGAAGGUAAUUAAAUCCAUUUACUAAGGCUGAAAAUCAGUACACACAUUCCAAAUUGAAUAUAAAUAAAAGUUAUUAUAGUCGGUCAGCUGUAUGACAGGACAGAGCCGGUCGGUCGGCCCCAAUGAAUGUACAGGGUUAUUCACUAUAUUUUGACCCCCUUGUAAACUGCUUUAUUUACAGAAUUAGAAAAAAAUGUAAAAUACAAAAGUUAUUCGAUUUUUUAUUUAUGAUUUUUUGACAUAUAUGUCGUACUAGUGACGUCAUCCAUCUGGGCGUGAUGACGUAAUCGACUAUUUUUUUAAAUGAGAAUAGGGGUCGUGUGCUAGCUCAUUUAAAAGUUUAUUCAAUUCUCUAUGCAGUAAUGUAAACAUUAAGAUCAUUAUUUAAUUGUUUAAUUAAUAAGUCAAAAAAAUUUUUUGGACACCCUGUAUAAACAAUCAUGUUAAUGUUUAUAUUACUGAAUAGGGAAUUGGAUACCCUUUCAAAUGAGCUAGCACACGACCCCUAUUCUUAUUCAAAAAAAUAGUCGACUACGUCAUCACGCCCAGAUUGAUGACGUCACUAGUACGAUAUAUAUGUCAAAAAAUCAUAAUUCAAAAAUCGAAUAAUUUUUGUAUUUUACAUUUUUUUCUAAUUCUGUAAAUAAAGCAGCUUACAAGGGGGUCAAAAUAUAGUGAAUAACCCUGUACAUUCAUUGCGGCCGACCGACCGGCUCGGUCCCGUCAUACAGCUGACCGACUAUAAUAACUUUUAUUUAUAUCCAAUUUAGAAUGUGUGUACUGAUUUUCAGCCUUAGUAAAUGGAUUUAAUUACCUCUGCAGGUAAGCAACUUUGACAAGCUGUCAGUACCACCUGUUCUACGUUUCUCUUGACCGACCGCAGUAUGUUUCUCUACACAAUCACGGUAAUCAACUGUGAAAUAACUAGCUUUAGUAAAUUCAGAGAAAUUUUUCAGCGCUGCCUCUUGGAGUAUUAUUUAGUCGAUUAUACCUAAAUGAGUUUUUGUUGUUGAUAGGAAAAUGCCAAGUAUGGACUGGGCAUUCUAUACGUCGUUCUAUAGUAUGACAAUAAGUGAAAAAAUAGAAAAUGAGAUAAAAAGUGGACAGAAAGGAAAUUUUAGUGAUUAUUGUAAGAAUGUGAUCUUGGCUAAAAAAUAAAUCAAAUUUAUUCUACUAUUGGUAGAAGAUUAUAGUAUACUGAAAAUAAGGACCCUAAUUAUUUUUCACUACUUACUGUAUGUCACAUCAUUAUAGUGUUUUGUCCCCCAAAUGAUUUUUUACUUUUAAAUUUACAGUUGUCCCUGUCGGUUCCUUAAAAUUGUGAACAGCCACUACCUAGGUGUAGGUUUUUAAUUGAGUUCUUUAUUAAUACGCAAUUUUUACCAUUGUUAUUGAUUUUUAUGUAAAUUGUAUUUAAGUAAUUAUUUAUGAUGCAAUUAAGGCCAAAUAUAUCGAUAUUGAAUA